GGGCGAAGAAAAUUUUACUUAUUUCUGGCGAUUGUGCGCCGGCAAAUAGUUUGUACAACGCUCUGGAACGGAACGGUACGUUUCUAUAAAAAUCUCGGUUAGAAAGAAUAGCUGGAAAAACAAAAUUCAAAACAUAUUUGAAAAAAAAAAGAAGAAAUAAAAAAAAAAAACAAAACAAACAUUGUGCUCCUUUUUUCCGUCUGGCCAAAACAAUACACAAAAUUUCCCUCAAAAGAGAAGUUUUUUUUUUCUUCGAAGUGAAAGAUAAAAAGAAAACGAAAAGAAAGCAAAAACAAAAAAACACGGCUUUAAAUUGUCAAAACAUACAACGAACGAAAAAAAUUGCCAAAUCUCUACCCACCGAGACAGCAAAUCAGGGCCGCCUGCUGUUGGAGUACAGUAACUCAGCUGGCCGCUACUAUUUGACUUCGACGCGAUAGGAAAAACUAAAACAAAAAAACAAAGAAAAAUAAUUUAACGGAAAAUUUAAAAAUUCAUAUUUAAAUGAUUAACGAUCUCAAGUGACCAAAAAAAUAGCUAUUGAUUUUUAAUAGAAAAAAAUUAAUUUAAAUAAAACUUCAUGAAGCUGCAACGUUUAUUGGAGGAACAAUAAAACAGCAGAAGGAGCUUAUAAACUUGUCUCAAGGAAAAUCAAUAACCCCAGAAAACCAGUAAACGUUUAGGAACACCCGUAAAAGAAGUAUAACCCACAACAACCAUGGGAGAACAGGAGGAAAAAGAGAUCCCCCAGAGUGAGAAUUCCACACAACCAGAAGUGGCCGAGGCUGAACCCAAGGAAACCGACAAAAUGCUCGAGAAAAAAGAUGACAAACCCAGUGCCGAGGACACGAAGAGUAAAAAUGGUUCCAAGCCCACAACACCCACGGCCACAGAGAAAACGGAAAAGAAGACACCAGCCGGUUCACCAACUUCGGAAAAGAAAAAAGAGGAAAUCAUAGACAUCCCCGAAGAGGAAAAUAACGACGAGGCAACAAAAACAAAUGGGGCCGGAGGUGAGGGAGAUGAACGUAAAAUGUCGGGUGAGGAACGUGAGGUUAAACCCAAAAAGAUACCCAUUGGCGGCCUGAAAUUACCCGGCUUCUUUGUCAAGAACAAACCCAAGGGUGAGGGUGAUGGGGCCGAGGGAGAGCUCUUGGAAAAGGAACCCAAAGAGGAAGAGGCCAAGACCGCAGAGGAAAAGACCAGCAAAAAGGAGGAGAAGCCUGGCAAGAAUUUUGGCCAACGUUUGCGUAGCUUUUUUGUACGCAAACCGGCUGCCGAGAAACAGGCCAAACAGGCGGCCAGCAAUGAGGCAGACAAUAAAAGUGAAGCCACAGCCGAAGCUGCUGCCGCCGAGGAUGGUGAACCUGCCGAUAAUCCUCCCAAGAAACGUGGCCUCCUGAAUGCCAUCAAGCUGCCCAUUGCCAAUAUGGUGCCCAAGAAAAAAUCCGAUGAUGAUGUAGAGCUGGGUAUGGGUAAGGCCGGUCUGGCCUCCAUGGAAACCCUGGAUGAUUCACUCAAGGAUCAAGAUGUCGUCGAUAAGGCAGCCGUCACCAAAAAUGGCAAUGACGAUGUUGGCAAACUCAAAAAGUCACCCAGUGGAGAGAUCAAACAGGCCUCCAGUGAUGAAAAAUCUCCCGAUGGUGAUGAGGAACAGCCCAUAUCGUUUUGUCAACGUUUGCGCUCCUACAAAUGUUCGGUGGAUGAUGCUUUGAUUGCCUUGGGUAUCCUGCUGUUUGUCCUGCUAAUUGCCGUUAUUGGCUAUGUAUUGUCGCAUGAGGGCCAAACUUCGCCUCCCAUAAGGGAGGGACGUUUCAUGGAUGCCGUUACCGGUUGUGGCAUGGUUGAGGGUCUGAAAGAAGAUGGAGCCUUUGCAUUCCGUGGCAUACCCUAUGCCGUGCCACCGGUGGGCGAUAGACGUUGGCGUCCAGCCCAGACCAUAGAAUCCAUUAAUGACUGCUGGAAUGGUACGCUGAAGGCCCACAACACCAGUGAGGUGUGUACCCAAAUUCUGGGCAAUGGCACGGUGGUGGGUGAUGAAGAUUGCCUGUACUUGGAUGUGGUGACGCCUCAUGUACGCUAUGAGAAUCCCUUGCCCGUGGUGGUAAUGAUUGGCGCCGAGACUCUGAUGGGACCCUCACCGGGCAUUGUUAGGCCAACGGCCAGAUUUUCCCGGUCACAUGAUGUCAUUUUUGUGCGACCCAAUUUCCGUUUGGGACCAUUUGGUUUCCUGGCCUUGGAAAUGUUGACCAAGGACACCUAUCCCCAUACCUCGGGUAAUUAUGCGCUGUCCGAUAUCAUUGCUGCCCUGAACUGGAUCCAUUUGAAUAUCAGACAUUUUGGUGGUGAUCCAAAAUCGGUAACUCUGUUGGGUCACAGGGCUGGUGCCACUUUGGUUUCCGCCUUGAUUACAUCGAAAAAGGCAGAGGGUUUGUUUACCCGAGCCUGGAUUUCCUCGGCCUCGGCCAUUUUGCCCGGCAAACCAUUGAGUGAAUCGGAAAAGAAAAACGAAGAAUUGGCCCAGGCUUUGGAUUGUAAGGAUGUGGCCUGUAUGCGCAACGUGGAGGCGGAGAAGUUAUGGGAUGCCAUACCCGAUACCUGGUUACAUUUCCCUGCCGAUAUCCCAGCGGCCGAGGAGAAUACCACAGCCCAUCAUGAAUGGUUGGUCUUGGAUGGUGACAUUUUGAAGGAACAUCCUGCCGAGAGCUGGAAGAAAGAACAUGUUGGCAAGCCUCUGCUGGUGAUGGGAACCACCGCCCAUGAGUCACACACCGAGUCACUGCACAAGCGUUUUGGCAACUGGACCGCCGAGGAGAUUAGAUCAUUUUUGGAAAACUCCAAAAUUGGAGCCUUGAAUCUGACCGAUGAGGCCAUUCAACGUUACAAUGCCACAAAUUACCGGGCCUUAGUGGCCAUGAUCACCGACAUACGUACCGUUUGCCCUCUGCUUAUAAAUGCCAGGCUACAACCCUCGGUGCCAUUCUAUGUGGUCAGCCAGGGUGAGGGUGAGGAACAAUUGGCCACCGUCGAUGCCGAUAUCCAGGCCAUUUUGGGUCGCUAUGAACCACAUACCGUGGAACAGCGACGAUUUGUCUCCUCAAUGCAACAGCUGUUCUAUUACUAUGUUGCCCAUGGCAAUGUACCCUCCUACGAUCCACGACGAAGAGUCAUCGAUGUGGGCCAAGACCCCCUGUCACAGGAAGAUCAUGCCAAUUGUAAUUUCUGGAUAAGUAAUGAUAUUGUACCGCGUUAUGCUCGAGUUGAUUAAAUGCCAGAAAAGUAACAACAGCAACAACAACACAACAUCAUUCAAAAGGAAUCGAAAAAUAAGAAACCUAACCUCCAAAGAUCUGAAGAAAAAAAAAAUUAGGUGAAAUGAAAAAAAAGGAGGCGGCAGCUGGCCCAAGCGCGAAUGAAAUGAAAAGGAAAUGAUGACUGAUGUUUAUUUAACGACUGAUUUAUUGAUAUAUCUACAAACAUACAUACAAACAAACACACCAGGAAAUCGAAAAAAAGGGAAAACUUGGAGCCUCCCACUACCCCCUCUCCCCUUUGGAGAAAAAAGAAAGAAAAAGUAGCCUAAAUCCUAUGAAUCUCCCAGUUUUUGUUUUUUGCUUUCCCAAAAUGGGCGACUUUUUGGAAGGACAGGGGGAGGACUGGAUAUUACCUUAAGAUUCAAAAUUUCCAAAAAUAAAUCCCUGCCCUAACCCCUCCUCUCUCUCUCUCUCUCUUAAGGGUCUAAUUUAAUUUUUUUCAAAAAUAAACCCCUGUUCUAAUCCCUGCUCUCUAUUUCUCUCUCUCUCUCUCUCUUAAGGGCCUGGAUAAUAUCCUUUAGAUUAAAAUUUUUCAAAAAUAGAACCCAUGCCCUCUACUCCCCCCCCCCCUCUCUCUCUUUGUUAAGCGCUUAAAACCCAGAAUCUCCAACAAUUUUAUUUCGCUUUUCCAAAUUUGCGGCUUUGAAGAGGAACAUUUUUUGACGGAACUUAGACAUCUGCCUACCCCCCCCCCCUCUCUCUCUCUCUCUCUCUCUCUUUUAAGGGCCUGGAUAAUAUCCCUUAGAUUCAAAUUUUUCCAAAAUUAAAUCCUUGCCCUAAUCCCCUCCUUCUCUUUUUCCUAAGAAUCCAAAUCUCAAGAAUCUCCAACAAUUUUACUUCGAAUUUCGAAAUUUGCUGCUUUGGAGAGAGACCUUCUUUGGAGGGGUCUUAGAUUGGAGAUAUAAAAUGAAAAAGGAAGUGGCUAAUGUUCCCUGGAAAUCCUCCCUCUCUAUCUUAAGCGCCCAAAUCUCAAGAAUCUCCAACAAUUUUUUUUUCGCUUUUCCAAAUUUGCUGCUUUGGAGAGGGACGUCCUUUGGAGGGGUCUCAUAUUGGAGAUAUAAAAUGGAAAAGGAAGUGGCUAAUGUUCCCUGGAAAUCCUCAAGCCUUUCCCCUAAAGGGGACAUCAUGGCAUGGUAUAUUAAUGGCAAAUUAUAAGGCAUGGCAGGGGUCUCAAUUCUUGUUCUUUGAAAAAAGGGAAAAUGAAAAGUUUUGUAAAAAAAAUAAUUUCAAAUGAAAAUUUUAUAAAAAAAAUAUUUUUCAUUUCAUAUUUUCAAAAAACAAGAAUAUAGCCCCAGAUUCAUGGGCAACUCUGGCAUCCUUCUAUGAUAUAAUACAAAUUGUGUCCUGCCCUGAAGCCUGCCAAGCAGCUAUGCCAUCAUCUCCUUAAAUAUUUCCCUUUUUUUAUAAAAUUGUAUUUAAUUAUUUCAAAUAUUGCUCAUUUCGAGCCCUUUCCCCAUUCUCCCCCCUUCCCCUCUCCUCCCUCACCCAGCCAGCUUAUUUGUGUGUAUGUGUCCAUUCUUCAAUUCAUUCUCUUCUCUCCACGAAUUGGAAGCAAAAUCUAAUGCAAAAAAAAAAAGAAACCAACAAUUUUUUGUCCUUAGUUAAGUAAGAAAAACAAAAAACAAAAACAAUUUAGCAUUUAACGAAAAAAAAUUUUGUACAUUUUUUAUAAAAUAUAAGUUUUUAAUUUUAUACAUGCAUAUAUUAUAUAAAUAUUAUUAUUAUUAUUAAUAUUAUUUUUUCAUUUUUUUAUAUAUAAAACAAAAAAAAAUUAUAUAUUUAAAUAAGUUAUGAACUAAAACAAAAACAAAUUUAUAAGAAAAAAAAAACUAAUUAAUUACUUAUGCAAAAUUUAUAAAUUGAUAUAUAAACCAAGAAAAAAAAGAACAAAAACAAGAAACAACGUACAUGCAAACACAACAACAACAUACAUAUUUUUAUGUAAUUUAUAAUAUGAUAUGAAACAAAACAAAACAAAAAAAAACAACAAAUACCAACAAUGAUUAUAAUACAAACAACAACAACAAUACACCCAAUAAAAAACACAAAAACAUACUUUAAAAGUAUACAACAAAA